AUGCAGAUUCUGAUUCGUGGAGACGCGGAGACUUUCGUGUAUGAAGCAGAGCCGGAGCAACUCAUCAAGCAUGUCAAGGAGUUCGUCAGUGCCAAGACACAGAUCGACGCCGCUGAUUUGUUGCUGACUUGCGAAGGCGCCCCCUGCAAUGACGAAGACGUUAUCCCGAGUGGCCCACUUGUUUUCAAUGUGGACAAGCAAGAAAAGAAGAAGCAGAAGACGGGCCGCGCUAAGCGUCGCAUGCAAUACAACCGUCGGUUCGUGAACGUUGUCCAAUCCUUUGGCCGCAAGAAGGGCCCGAACUCAAAUUCUUAG